AUGGGGCCUGUUUUUGGCCUCCUGCUGUCACUGCAGCCAUGGAAUGAGUGCAGGAAAAUUUGGUCACUUCUGCGCAGUGGGAAGUUUUCCUGUCCCACCACCAAGGAGCCCUUCAGGAGCCCGAAUAGCAAAGGCGACCUCAACAAGUGCAUGAUGUGCCAAAGGCUGCUGGAAAGAGACUCAAACAAAGGGAGUGGUGGAGAGGUGGACAGGAAUGUGAACUCCUUGGGAAAGGAUGACUGUUGGGAGUUUCGGGAUCUAUUCAAGAAAGGGAAACUUUCCUGCACCAGGGAAAAUGACCCUGUCCGGGAUGCCUCUGGGAAGCAACACAGCAAUAAGUGCAUCAUGUGUGCAGAGAAGUUCAAAAGGGAGAAUGAGCGGAAGUUAUCUAAAAACAGACAAGGAAAAGAUAAGGAUGACUGCAGUGAGUUUCGCUCCCAGUUUGAAGCUGGUGGACGACUGUCCUGCACGAGGGAGAAUGACCCUGUCCGGGAUGCCUCUGGCAAGCAGCACACCAACAAAUGUCUCAUGUGUGCCGACAAGUUCAAAAAGGAAGCUCAAAGAGGAGGUGGAACGGGCCAGCGUAACAGAUUGCCCACUUCAGAGAGGACAAACCAGAAGAACUGUGGUGGUUCACGGCAGGGUGUAAAUGAGAGACGUCCCUUCUCAACGGGCCGAGGGUGA